AUGUGACGGAGGGAGGGAGGCAGAGAAAACCAGCAGGCAGGCGUUAAAGCAAGCCAGAGUGGGAGUGAAGGACCACCAGAAAGCAGGGUGGAGGGUAGAAGAGAGAGAGAAAGUGUGUGUUAGAAGGGGAAAGGACAUAAAGGCAGCCAGAAAAACUAGAGGGAAACAAUCCUGUGGGAGCAACAGAGUACUGUAUAAUGGAGGUGCAGUCGGAUUGUGUGGAGCCUCCUGUGGCUCCACAGUGUGACACCCAGCCUGCAGGGAAGAUCAACAAAGCUGCCUUUAAACUCUUUGGGAAGCGUCGCACUGGCUCUGGAAUGGCCAGCUUUUUCUCCUUCAGGAACAAAGGUGAUGCAAAUGGCGGAAAGAACGGGAAUUCUGACAACGGGAAUUCUUUAAAUGGAAACAGCUCAGCAGCAUCAGCAGAGCUUGUAAGGAGCAAAACACAUGACGGGCUUACAGGCUCUAACAGCGAUGCUGUGGGACAGAGAGGGGAGGGCCUUGCUAGCCUGGAGGCAGGGCCAGUGAGGUCGCUCAGCAAAUCGUUAAGUUUCUUUUCCUUUCUGCGACGUGGGAGUUUUAGGACAAGUGAAAAUGGUGGGCCAGGAAUUGUGAGAAGAGGGAGGAGCCUGAAGGGCUUUUUCAGCAGCAUGCGAUGGAGGCGUAAAGAGAAAACAAACGAGGGUGAGGGGGAAGAGGUGGAAGGUAAGAAAAGAAGGGACACAGAUGCUGCAGAAUCUGAAAACACGAAGGACAUUACUCUCACCCUUGAACCACCUCCACAUCAUCACCAGGAGGACUGUGAAAAUAUAGAGACAGGAUCUAACCUCCAAGCGUCAGACACUCCCACCACCAGUGUUACCAUGACACCCACACACUGUGUUGUCAUGCCAGGACCAUCUGGUGAGCCAGUCUCCCCCUUUCCUUACACACCCACUGACUCGCCACUGCGCCCGUCCAUCCAAAAGGCCAAAGCUUCAAUAUCUAGCCUCACCCCCUCCCUUACUACACCCCCUUUGGAUCGCUGCAGCAUGGGCGACCAACCCACAGAGCCUUCUGUAGACCGACUGUGUUCCAUCCUUUUUAAUGAUGUUACAUCUUUGAAGAGCUUUGAUUCACUGACCGGCUGUGGUGAUAUUAUUGCUGAUGCAGACGAGGAAGGGACAGGGGCUAAUGGUGGCAGUGGUACGAGUAGUAGUAGCAGUGGUGGUGGAGGGGGGAGUCUGGGUGCAAGUGUUGGGAGAGCUGUUGGUAUGUCAAGUGCAACAAAUCAUGCUUCCCCAACCAAACAUUCAUUACCUUCCCAGAUUACUCAGCCCAUGUUCUCUGUUCCUAAAAGUUCAGCACCUGUCUGCCUCCCUUCUCGUACCCGGGUGCCUCCUCCACCACAGCAGCACCCUGCUGGUAGUGGUGUAGUGGCCUAUAUGGGAGGAGGGGAAGAAAUGGCAAGUCCAGAAGGAGUGGAUGAUGCAGACAUGCAGGGGCUCUGGCACAUGUUGCCUUCUGUAGGAGAGAGCUCCCCUGCAUUACCCCGACAAUACCAGCCUUCUUCCAGUACCCUUACUUCAACUUAUCCUCCUCGCGCCAACUCUCCCAGUGCACAUCGUCCUUCAGCUCAAAGAAGUGCAGACAGAAAAGCACCCCAGGUGAAGACGCUGGGCCUCAGUAAGAUUCCAGUUGUUGGGGGAGCAGGAAGCCGGGUGGGUAAACCCCCUCUCCCUCAAGCACAUGGCCGUCAUCCUGUAUCACCUGGUGAAAAAGAACUACUCAGUGAUGAAGGUUACUGGGAUACUCCCUCAGCAACACCUACAGCAACACCUGAUGAGAGUGGGUUGCAGCGUAACCAGAAGAUUGCCCUAUUGCGUGAUAGCUGCUCUGGGGACCACCUUUACGACCUGUACAAUGAUGCUGAGGAGGAGGGAGAAGAUCAGAGGGGAGACGACGAUCUAAACAGUACCCCCUCUCCAUCUGCAGAAUUUAAAAUGAGUCCCACUUCCCAAAAAAGUCCCCUUUCGACCUCCUCUUCCUCUUCCUUCCAGUCAUUGAAAGGCAGCACCAGCCUUCCUCGAGAAUCCAAGAUCCCAGUAAGCACCAGACAAACCUCACCUCCCCACUCUGUAAGCCAGUCUGCUCUGUCCUCUGUACUGGAGGCAGAAACCCCUCCGCCAAAGACCCAAGCACCCCAACCAGCCCGCACCAGAAUCCCUGUGUCAAAGGUUCCAGUUCGCCGUUCUGUGAGCAAACCUGCUAGCAUGACCGGAGGAGUUGCACCCAAGAAGUAGCUCUUUUUGGCAACAUUUUGAGUAUUAACUAUUAUUGGGGUCGAAUGUGUGACACUACAGGGCUGGUUUUUCAGAGCCAAAAAUUUUCCCUAAUCAAGAAAAUGUUGAGCUGUAGAAUUAUCAGCUUAUUAAUUCCAUUUAGAUCUUAAGAGUUUUCCUAGGUUUAUUUUGGCAAGAAUCAGUGGCUUUGUCCAUUUCAGAAUCAAGGAGACUCCAAAAAAGCUGGGUUCACACUUCAUUGACCUUACUUGCACUUGGGAGGCUGACUAUUGACAAUCCCUGUACACAGAGACAAUACAUUUUUCAACUUCAAGUUCUCUAACAAGCUACCGAUCUGUUGAAUUUGACAGUUACUUUCAUGGAGAAAAGAACAGAGCACCUUUUUUAUCUUUGACCUUUUUGUAUUCAAUUCCAUGUGACAUUACUCAGUUUGCUUAUAAGGACCUAAUUCAAUUAAAUGUUACUGUUGUUUUUAAUAUUUCUUUCUUGUCAGUGUAUUAAAUUACUUCCUAAUCUUCUGAUUUUAGAGCCAAAGUUAGAAAAACAAGCUCAAAAAGUUUAGAUUUUUCUUCAUCUUAAAUUCUGGAACAGACUCAAGAUUUGCUUUUGCUUUUUGAAAAUGGCAUUCUCUUGACCGCUCACUGAUAUCGACGCUGUAUGUUUGAAUAUACAAAUCUAAAUGGAACUGAUGCAGUUUUACAAUCUACUUUUCAGCUAUAAAGCUACACCGGAAAAAGCCACACAAUAUCUAUUUAUUUUUUGGGUGGGGGGGAGCUAGAAGUACUCUUUAUGGACUUAUUAAUUUUGAUAUGUUUUUGUUGUGUGGAUCCCACCUCUACCACACAACUUUAAAGCUAUAUACAUUCUUUGGAAUUCUCUGGGAUUUACACUAACUUCUCUGUUAAUGUAAACCUUCCAAAUCUUUGCAAUAUAACUCACGGAGAGAUCCUUUGCACUGAUGCAUCCUCACUCAAGACAAACUCAGCAACAUUCAGAACAAAACACAUGCACAUUCACACUUUUUGUUGCUCUUUGCAUGCAAUGCACCUGAGGCACAAAAGUCAGGGAAGAUCAUGUAAAAGGUGAAAAGGUUUUCUGUAUGCACACUGUACAACAUUUCUCACUCUCUUUGUAGCUUACACUGGUUAACUUCACCCUCCAAGGACUUGUGAGAAAAAAACUUUUUUAAGUGUACAUUUUUUUCUUACAUGUUUUCAUACUUUUUUAUGGACUCUAAAAAAACAAACAGUUCAGAUCUCAAACUGUGAUUUUGUCAACUUCUUAGAGCAACUUCCUCCCUUUCUGCUUUCAUUUGCAAGUUUUGACAUGGUUGGGUGACAAGGAAGCAUUAUUGGUAUGUGUCAGCAAUUUUUAUUAAGCUAAGAUAGAAUGCAAAGCAAAUUAACUGUCUGACCUUAACUCUUUGUCUGUUGAUGCACACUGUAUUAUUUGAUUUCAGGAUCCACCGCAGCUGUUUGUGAAUCUGAAUGUAGCUUAAUAUCGUCAUAGGUCUUAUACGCUUUUUUUAAAGUUAGUGAGAGCAAGGCCAAAGCCGAUUUUGCCUGUUUUCUAUGUCUCUAAUGCUCUGGAGGACACAGCACUGCUAAGUGUAUCUAGAUUUGCAUAGCAGCACAUGUUUUGAAGGUGAGGGCGUGGGCUGUGGUUCUCAGUGGCCUUUUGUCAGAGAUUCAGGGACACAAGUUAAAAGCAUAAUCUUUUUACUUUACAAGGAUAAUGUUGAUAACUGAGGGUCGUUCUGGUUCAUGUUAGGUUAAUACCCACAAUAAAGUUUCAGGCUUGGUAGCAAAGCACAUAGUUAAUGUUUAAUAUUUUUGUCCUAUAAAUAUAUCCUACUGUUUUCGAUUACUUACUUGCUGAUAUUGACCUAAUCCAAUCAAACUUUGUCAUUAUUAUUAUUUUUGAGGUUUUCCAAUAGACCUUGGAAUGGUAGUCAUAAAAAGUGUCACAAUUCAACAAAUAAAUAAAUCAUGAAAUCAUUACCUAAAUGUGUCAAUAGUUAACAACAAACUUGAUAUAGCCAGCUUUAUCCAUCAAAAUCAGUGGGCGGGGCUAACACUGUUGCAGCAGAGCUUGACCAAUCAGAAGCUGAGGUCUUUUUGAUCAGCCACAUUAAUAGUUGGAUUUCAGCAAAUGAGCAAUAAAAUUAGUCAAAUAAUUUUGAAAUAAUUUUACAUGAUUUUGAUGACAUAAAAUAUCCAAUAAGUUUGACUAUUAGUUAUUACUAAUGCAAGUAAAAUAGAAUUGUUUAACUACAAUAAGGAUAAUUACAGCAGAAUUAAAUCCGUCAAAAUCCGUCUGAUCCAAGUUCACAGAUUCUCUGCAAAUAUUGUGGUAUUUUUACCUUUAAUUUAUCGAUAUCCUUUAUUUCAACUUCGAAUCUCUUUCCAUAGACUAUUGGUUUGCAACAGUUUAAAUGAGAACUGAGAAACCUUAAUAGAUUUUUUUAAAUAAUGAAAAUAUCGAUUUUACCAAAAACUUUCACUGAUAUAAUUUACAUGAAUAUAAAAACUACACUGUCUACACAUAAUAUCAGUGUUAAACAGACAAAAGUAUAGACACAUGGGAUCUGGACUUAAACUGACUGUUCUAUAUUGUUUAUCCUUCUCAGCUGAUGUAGUUCUGCAGAGCCUGAGUUACAGUGUAACCUGUUUGGCAUGGUCCUUAUUUCUUGGAUCUAACGUAUGCACUCCUGAGGCAACCAUGUUACUGCCAAAUUCAGUUCCACGUUUUUACUGCAGCCUGAAACUUUCAUCAUCAUAAAUCCAGGAAUUUGUGUGAGCAUUGCAACAACAAACAGCACGUUAUGUUUUCCUACUUCUGUUACUGUUUUUCUGGUUACAACGUCACACUGUUCCACCUUUUUAAAUUAAUUAAACAGUUUUUGUUCUAAUA